AUGUAUAAUGGUAGGAUGGACCUGGUGGAACAUGUUAACCAUUUCAACCAAAGAAUGGUUGUCCACUCAAAGAAUGAAGCCUUAAUGUGUAUGGUAUUCCCAUCUAGCUUGGGGCCAGUGGCGAUGAGAUGGUUUGACGGAUUGGAGGAAGGAUCAAUUAGCUCUUUUCAAGAGCUUACUAGGGCUUUUAGGGCUCGAUUUGUUACAUGUAGCAGGGUUCCUUGUCCUUUGGAUUUCUUGCUGUCUAUGGUCAUGCGAGAGGGAGAGACUCUGAAGAUGUACUUAGAUAGGUAUUGGGAGAUGUUCAAUAAAAUAGAUGUAAAUUUUGAUGAUGUAGCAAUAAGGACAUUUAAGGUCAGCCUACUUGCUGAGCAUGAUUUAAGGAAGUUUUUGACAAGGAAGCUUGCUAAAAGCAUACGACAGCUCAUGGAUCGAAUUGAUGAAUAUAAACGGGUUGAGGAGGACCAAUAA